UACAACUCAUCCACAACGCAGCUGCCUGCCGUCGUACUGUGUGGUGGUGAUCCUUUUCGAUUGCAGUUUAGUUGCUGCAACACAUUCCCGUUCACUUUCGCUGUUAGUAAUUUCACAAAAAGUGACCAAAUUCAGUCACUUUUACCCAGAGAGGAACAUUUUUGUUUAAAAUUGUGAGUUCAAGUGCAAAAAGUGUCCAAAAUGACUGCCCUCACUUGGGAAGAGAAGGAACAGCUGAUCACCCGCAAUCUGCAGGAGGUUCUGGGCCAGGACAACAUGCGAACCAUUCUGAAGGAGCGGGAUUUGAAAGUGUACUGGGGAACGGCCACCACGGGUAAGCCACACAUUGCCUACUUUGUGCCGAUGUCCAAGAUUGCCGACUUCCUGAAGGCGGGCUGCGAAGUCACGAUUCUGUUCGCUGAUCUGCACGCCUAUCUGGACAAUAUGAAGGCUCCGUGGAGCUUGCUGCAGGAGCGAACCAAGUACUACGAAGCAGUAAUUAAAGCGAUGCUGUCCUCGCUGGGAGUGCCGCUGGAUAAGUUAAAAUUCGUCUGCGGAACGGACUAUCAGCUCUCGAAGGAGUACACACUGGAUGUGUACAAGCUAUCUUCUGUGGUCACCCAACACGAUGCCAAGAAGGCUGGGGCGGAGGUUGUUAAGCAGGUGGAUCACCCGCUGCUGUCCGGUAUCCUGUAUCCGGGUCUGCAGGCCCUGGACGAAGAAUAUCUCAAGGUGGACGCCCAAUUUGGAGGUGUGGAUCAGCGUAAGAUUUUCACCUUUGCGGAGAAGUACAUGCCACAGCUAGGAUAUGCCAAGCGGAUCCACUUGAUGAACCCGAUGAUUCCCGGGUUGGCCGGUGGAAAGAUGUCUUCCAGUGAGGAGGAUUCGAAGAUCGAUCUGCUGGACAGUGCAGCGAAGGUGAAGUCGAAGAUUAAGAAAGCUUUUUGCGAACCUGGCAACAUCGAGGACAACGGAUUGCUGAAGUUCGUCAAGCAUGUCAUCUAUCCGAUGUUCAAGGCCGGCGAUGGGUUCGAGAUAAAGCGUAAGGAGGAGUUCGGUGGAGAUAUGAAGUUCGAAAAGUACGAAGACUUGGAAGCGUUAUUUGCCGCGCAGGAAUUGCAUCCGGGUGAUUUGAAGGCUGCCGUUGAGGUUUACAUCAAUCGGUUGCUGGAACCGAUUCGUAAGGUGUUCGAUGAUGACUUCCACCGGGCGUUAACGGAACGAGCCUAUCCGACUGGGGCGAAACCUGGAAAGAAGGGUGCAGCGGCUCAGGCUACCGGGGAAAACACCCCCGACAAGGUGGAGCUGAAGGUUGGCCAAAUUCUGGAAGCAGUGAAACAUCCCGAUGCCGACACCCUGUGUAUCCUGACUGUGGACAUCGGUAACGAUACGAAGAAGUCCAUUGUAAGCAACUUGAUGGCAUACUAUGGACUGGAGGAUUUGAAGGGUCGUUCGGUGGUAACGCUGACCAAUAUGAAGUCCUCGAAGAUUCGUGGAGUGGAAAGCGAAGGGUUGGUGCUGUGCGCCUUCAACCAGGACAAGUACGAGCCGUUGGUGGUUCCGGAGGGUGCCAAGGUAGGCGAGCGGAUCAUCGUUGAAGGUUUCGACAACACCCAAGCCGAAGUGGCACAGUUGAACCCGAAAAAGAAGGUUUGGGACAAGAUCCAAGCGGAACUCAAGACUAAUGGCGAUGGUGAAGCGAUGUGGAAAGAAUUCACGAUGCUGACGUUGAAUGGGGAUAGAAUCACUAGCACGCUUAAAGAAUGUAACAUCAAGUGAGAGAUGGAUGGAAUCCGUCAGAAUAGAUUACGGCAGGCAAAAUGGUGUGCAAAAAGCAGAAGUGAUGAAAUAUUUUUAAAUUAUUUAUCAGUUAUUUUGAGCCGCAGCAAUCGCCAUGUACACGCGCAGUUUCGACCAUGUUUUCGCAUUUAAAUGAUUCGUUUCACUCAAAUUUUGUCGCGAGCUAAAUAAACCUCAUAUCGUUGAAGCGGGCGUCUAUUGA